AUGCUCAAAUACGCAAUCCUGGCCCUGGCGGCCUUGCAGUGCGUUGCGGCUUUACGCUUCGCUAUGUAUAUUGAUCAGUGGCAUACAAAUGGCCUACCUGGCAAGGAUAAAACACAGGGAAUCUCGCAUGUCAUCAUGGCGUUUGCCAAAUCUGACCUCUUUACCUCUCAAAAUCCGCCCACUUUCCAGCCAUUUGAACCGGUCUCAACGAUGCGUGGCCGCUUUUCUCCGGAGACAAAGGUCAUGAUCGCGCUCGGCGGAUGGGGCGAUACCUCUGGGUUCUCCGCGGGGGCAAAGGAUGAUGCUUCCAGGGAACUGUACGCGAAGAAUGUGGCAGCCAUGUUGCAAAGCACUGGUUUCGACGGUGUUGAUAUCGACUGGGAGUAUCCGGGCGGCAACGGACAGGAUUACAAGCAGAUUCCCAACUCAGCAAAGGUCUCUGAAAUCGAGACGUUCCCUUUGCUCCUUGCCGCUAUCCGCAAGGCUAUUGGUACCGAGAAAAUCCUUUCUAUCGCGACACCAGGCAAGAGAGGCGAUAUGAUCGCGUUUACGAAGGAGAAGGGUCCGGAAAUAUUCAAGUCCGUGGACAUGAUCAACGUGAUGUCCUAUGACCUGAUGAACCGACGAAACAACGCCACAAUGCACCACAGCGGCGUGGCAGACUCCCUGGAUACAAUCAAGGCGUACAAGGAGAUUGGCGCACCAGCGGAGAAGCUCAACCUUGGCAUUUCCUAUUAUGCGAAAUGGUUCACGACGCAGCCAGAUUCGGAUUGCGAUAUCCGUCCACUCGGCUGCCCAGUUGUGGCGAUGGAAAACGCUGACGGAACGGACAACGGCAAAUCGGGCGCUUGGACGUUCGAGACCGCCAAUAUGUCACCCGUGCCAGCUGACUUGAAGGUGUCGACUGAUGGUACGUGUGGCUUUUCCAAGGGAACAAAGUGCCCAGCAGGGUCAUGCUGCAGUCAAUACGGAAACUGUGGAACUACCAAUGACCACUGCAACGCCGGUUGUCUCUCCGACUAUGGCGAGUGCAAGGGUCUCGACAUCACGAAAUCGUGGCGACGCGCAGAGACGAACGGAAAGACGGAUGAGGAACGAGGUGGCCAGUACUAUCUUGAUGCCGAAACCGAUCUAUUCUGGACCUGGGAUACGCCGGCAUUGAUUGCGCGCAAAUUCAAGGAGAUUGUAGACGCGGAGCAGCUGGGAGGAGUGAUGGCUUGGAGUUUGGGAGAAGAUACCUUUGACUUCCGCCAUCUCACGGCGAUGCAGGCGGGUGUGGCAGACCGGCCCGAUCAGUGA